AUGAUAAGAGCGGUACACUCGAGACAGCCUGGCCCCUUCCCUAAGGUCAGUGUGACUUCUUUUUCUCCGAAAAGAAGAUAUUGUCACCACAAUAAGAAUUAUGUUAUGUGAUGAGUAAUCGCUUCAAGAAUGCCUUGAUAAUUGAUUGAUGGAACGAGAAUUGAUAGGAGUUCAGGAGAUUGGACAACGUCAUCCUUGCAAUUACAGUAAUACCUCCAGAAAACGAACGUCAUACGAAAAAACAAAGUUCAUAACACUUUCCAAUAACCAAAUACCUGGAAGUAAAAAGAAAAAGCAUGCCUAUUAUACACAUAUAUAGCGAGCUUCAGUACACUCCACAACCUAAAUAGAAUGCCACAUUCUUUUGAUGCGAAUUCAGGAGGUUCUUUCGGCCUUUUCCAUCGUUUAUGAGAACGAAUGCUCGGUUUUCGAGAGUCAGGAUACAAUCCGAGGACUGGUCUUGAUCAGGGGGAGAAGGGACUUGAACAUCUCCAAAGUGGACUUUCUUCUUCGAGGUUCUGUGCAGUUUAAACACCAGAAGUCGGUUCGUUUUAUUCGACUCGGGUUCAUUUUAUUUCAGGGGUCGAUUAUAUCAUCGCAUAAUCACGUGAACACGACCAUAACGCAGAAGAUCAACAGGUUUGUCAAGGCUGAUUUGGCCGACAAGAUAAAAUUUACUGUAGGUUGACAUUUUUAAUUGUUUUUAUUGUGUUUUUGUUUUAAUAUAUGUGUAUUUGUUUUGCUUAUAUUAACUUCUCUUAAGAUUCCCUUGCCGUCUGAUCUCUAUCCCUCGAUUGAUUCCAAAUCGAUUACAAUUAUUUAUUAUGUACAAGCCCGGCUGUACUUAAGUCAUGAGAAUGAAGAACUCGUCGGCUUUAUUGCCCGAGGUCUCACGAUCAUUACAAAAGUCGCUCUGGAUGCACUUCCCUCCAAUUACUUCGCUGCUGAAUCAUGGAAAUGGGAGAACAGUGUUGGAUUCUGCCCUUGUUCCAAUGGCCGCAUUUUAGUAAAAUUAAACUUUGAGAGAAAGGCCUUUCUUCCUGGAGAACAUAUUGUAAUCAAAGGUAGAUGGUGAUAAAAGGAAGAAACGGUGAUUUAGGGAGCAUAAAUAACGAGACCGGAAGACGCGUCGACUUUGCAAAAGUGAUACUCGAAAAGGUCAUUACAAUCACCAAGGAACAGAACAAAGUAGGACAAGAAUAAGACAGAAAAUAAGUAACUUUAAUGUACAAUUUACUGGUAUAAGAAAUUUAAACAUUGGACAAUUCUAGGAAGAGGAAAUAGUGUCCGAAGAAGUUGUUCUGACCCGAGAUGAAGCCGUGGCAAUGUUUGUCGAACCCCAUGUAACCUUGGCCAUUUCCAAGAACUUCUCUUUGCCAUCCAUGAGGCCAAGGUAAACAUUAAGUCGUCCUAUUUCUGCCACCUAAUUGAAUAGCCCCAGAGUAAUCGAAUUGACCGUCCAUUGUAAACAGCACACGUAUAUUUACUGGUUUCAGUACCCCAGAUGGGAUAAGUAUAAACCACUACAAGAUAUACAUAUCAUACCGAGUGAACUGCGUGAUCAGAUACAAUGGCCAAGAGUUCUCGGGGUCCAAUAUUCCUAUUAUUAUCGGCACCGAGCCCCAUAACGUCACCCAUAAUGUGCAGAGAGAGUGCAGCUCCACUAAGCUGAUAUACUACAAGGACAAAACUGAACGGAACGUUCCCGUGGGCGACGACUCUUCGCAGUGCUUUGUGUCCAGGAAGAAUCUCAAAUAUAUGAAUAUGUAUCCGUAUUUUGUGCAUCUGGAGACUUCUUCAAAACAAAGUCGACGGAUUCACAAAUUGGCAACAGCAAUUCGAGCCGAAAAUAAUUUCCUGGCAAAACUUAAGGCGGCUAAUCCUCGAGGUAUGAUCUGAAAACUAUAAAAAAAGUGGUAAUUAAACCCUCAUUUCCUCGCACAUCCCCAAUUAGUCAUCAUUUUUCAGGUUCGGAGACCCCUUCAAUGAUUUCGCCUUCCAGUUCAUCAACUCCAACUCCAGGUCCAAACUAA